CGCGGGGAUGAGACGGGCUAGACGCGACUGCAUUGUGGGGAGGGAGGCUGGGGCUGCUCGGCGACGCAGUCUUGGCGCUGCCAGCUGCUGCUUGGUCCCCGCCGGCAGCCCGCCCAGAUCCUAGGGGGUGUCUCCUGGGGGCGUGGUGUGGCAGGGAGCCCCCGUGCGGAGCAGCCGAGUGGGGGACAAUGCCCCCCACAGCCAUCUUGCGCCUGUCCCCACUGCCCUCGGGCAGCUGAGCUGAGGAGCUGGAGCAGGCCACCCGCCCUGGGCUAGCCCUCUGCUGGAGCCCUUCCUGCCGGCGCCUGUGAUGGCUCCCUGGCCUCCGUUUGGCCUUGGCCUCCUGCUGCUGCUGCUUCUACUGCUGCUGCUGUCCCCAGAGCCGCUGCCUUUGACUGGAGCUCACCGCUUCUCGGCCCCCAACACCACCUUCAACCACCUGGCGCUGGCCCCGGGCCGCGGUACACUCUACGUGGGCGCCGUGAACCACCUCUUCCAGCUGAGCCCUGAGCUGCAGCUCGAGGCGGUGGCUGUCACCGGGCCCGUCGCUGACAGUCCCGACUGCCUGCCGUUCCGGGACCCAGCCGAGUGCCCGCAGGCCCAGCUCACUGACAACGCCAACCAGCUGCUGGUGGUGAGCAGCCGGGCCCAGGAGCUGCUGGCCUGCGGGCAGGUGAGGCAGGGCGUGUGCGAGAAGCGGCACCUUGGGGACGUGACCAAGGUGCUGUACCAGGCUGAGGACCCCGGGGACGGGCAGUUUGUGGCUGCCAACGCCCCCGGAGUGGCCACGGUGGGCCUGGUGGUACCCUUGCCGGGCCGCGACCUGCUGCUCGUGGCCAGAGGCCUGGCGGGGAAGCUGUCGGCAGGGGUGCCGCCCCUGGCCGUGCGCCAGCUGGCCGGGCCUCAGCCCUUCUCGAGCGAGGGCCUGGGCCGCCUCGUGGUGGGUGACUUCUCCGACUACAACAACAGCUACGUGGGGGCCUUUGCUGAUGCCCACUGGGCCUACUUCGUGUUCCGCCGACGCGGCGCCCGCGCCCAGGCCGAGUACCGCUCCUACGUGGCCAGGGUCUGCCUGGGGGACGCCAAUCUCUACUCCUAUGUCGAAGUGCCCCUCUCCUGCCAGGAUCAGGGCCUCGUGCAGGCCGCCUUCCUCGCGCCUGGCACCUUACUAGGGGCGUUCGCCGCGGGCGCCCGAGGGGCCCAGACGGCCCUGUGUGCCUUUCCCCUGGUGGAGCUGCACAGACGCAUGGAGCAGGCCCGGCGCCUCUGCUACACGGCAGGUGGCCGGGGCCCCAGCGGGGCGGAGGAAGCCACUGUGGAGUACGGUGUCACGUCGCGCUGUGUCACCCUGCCUCCCGACUCCCCAGAGUCGUACCCCUGUGGUGAUGAGCACACGCCCAGCCCCAUCGCUGGCCGCCAGCCCCUGGAGGCCCGGCCUGUCCUGCGGCUCGGGCAGCCCAUCAGUGCUGUAGCUGCCCUCCAGGCGGAUGGGCACACCAUAGCCUUCCUGGGUGACACCCAAGGCCAGCUACACAAGGUCUUCAUCAAUGGCUCCCAAGGCCAGGUGUACCACUCGCAGCAGGUGGGGCCUCCAGGCUCGGCCAUCAGUGCAGACCUGCUGGUGGACAGUAGUGGCAGCCACGUCUACGUCCUCACCGCCCAGCAGGUGGACCAGGUUCCCAUAGCAACCUGCCCCCAGUUCGCAGACUGCACGAGCUGCCUGCAGGCCCGGGACCCGCUGUGCGGCUGGUGUGUCCUCCAGGGCAGGUGCACCCGGAAGGGCCAGUGCACUCGGGCAGCACAGCCAAACCAGUGGCUGUGGAGCUAUGAGGAGGACAGCUCCUGCCUCCACAUCCAGAGCCUGUUGCCGGCCCACCACCCCCGCCAGGAGCAGCGGCAGGUCACCUUGUCUGUCCCCCGGCUGCCCACCCUGGCUGCCGAUGAAUACUUCCAUUGUGCCUUUGGGGACUACGACAGCUUGGCUCACGUGGAAGGGCCCCACGUGGCCUGUGUCAGCCCUCCCCAAGACCAGCUGCCACCUAACCCUCCAGGCACAGACCACGUCACCUUGGCCCUGGCCCUGAUGUUUGAAGAUGUGGCUGUUGCUGCCACCAACUUCUCCUUCUACGACUGCAGUGCGGUCCGGGCCUUGGAGGCGGCUGCCCCGUGCCGCGCCUGUGUGGGCAGCCUCUGGCGGUGCCACUGGUGCCCCCAGAGCAGCCUCUGCGUGUACGGGGAGCACUGCCCAGAGGGCGAGAAGACUGUGUACAGUGCGCAGGAGGUGGACAUGCAGGCGCGUGGCCCAGGGGCUUGCCCCCAGGUUGAGGGCCUGGCAGGCUCCCAGCUGGUGCCUGUGGGCUGGGAGAGCCGCGUGGCCCUGCGUGUGCACAACCUUCAGCAUUUCCAAGGCCUGCCCGCUUCCUACUACUGCUGGCUGGAGCUCCCCGGCGAAGUGCGGAGGCUGCCAGCCUCCCUGGAGGAGGCGGACGAGGACUCAGGCCUCAUCCACUGCCAGGCCCAGCAGUUCCACCCGUCCCUGUCCCAGCGGGAGCUCCCAGUGCCCAUCUACGUCACACGUGGCGAGGCGCAGCGGCUGGACAAUGCCGGCGCUGUGCAUGUGACCCUGUACGACUGCGCUGUGGGGCACCCGGACUGCAGCCACUGCCAGGCAGCCAAUGGGAGCCUGGGCUGUGUAUGGUGUGGGGCCGGCCAGCCCGCCUGCCGCUAUGGGCCGCUGUGCCCGCCGGGAGCUGUGCAAGGGCUGUGCCCGACACCCAGCAUCGAUGCGAUCCAGCCACUGACCGGCCCCCCGGAGGGCGGCUUGGCCCUCACCAUCCUGGGCUCCAACCUGGGCCGGGCCUUCGAUGACGUGCGGGAUGCCGUGAGUGUGGCGGGUCGGCCGUGCAGCCCCGACCCCUCUCUCUACCGCACCUCUGCCCGGAUCGUGUGUGUGACAUCUCCCGCCCCCAAUGGCACCACGGGGCCAGUGCAAGUGGCCAUCAAGAGUCGGCGGCCAGGCAUCUCGAGCCAACACUUCACCUACCAGGACCCUGUGCUGCUGAGCCUGAGCCCUCGGUGGGGGCCCCAGGCAGGGGGCACCCAGCUCACCAUCCAUGGCCAGCACCUGCAGACGGGGGGCAACAUCAGUGCCUUUGUGGGAGGCCAACCGUGUCCCAUCCGGGAGCCGGUGUGUCCCGACGCCAUCGUGUGCCGCACCAUGCCCCAGGCUGCCCCGGGAGAAGCCGUGGUCCUCGUGGUCUUCGGCCACGCCCGGCGCACACUGCCCAGCAGCCGCUUCCACUACACUGCCAACCCGCAGCUGGUGGCAGCAGAGCCCAGCGUCAGCUUCCGGGGCGGUGGGCGGCUGAUCCGAGUCAGGGGCACGGGCCUGGACGUUGUGUGGCGGCCCCUGCUGUCCGUGUGGCUGGAGGGUGAGGCGGAGGUGCAGGCUUUGGGGGCCCCGCCCCAGGCCCCGGACCCGAGGAGGAGCUGCAGGGCUCCUGCUGCUGACCCCCAGGCUUGUAUUCAGCUUGAGGGGGGCUUGCUGCAGUGCUCCACCAUCUGCGCUGUCAACUCGUCCAGCCUCCUCCUGUGCCGGAGCCCAGCGGUGCCCGACGGGGCGCGCCCCCAGCGGGUCUUCUUCGCCCUAGACAACGUGCAAGUGGACUUCGCCAGCGCCAGCGGGGGCCAGGGCUUCCUGUACCAGCCCAACCCCCGCCUGGCCCCCCUCAGCCGGGAGGGGCCAGCCCGCCCCUACCGCCUCAAACCAGGCCACGUCCUGGACGUGGAGGGCGAGGGCCUCAACCUGGGCAUCAGCAAGGAGGAGGUGCGCGUGCUCAUCGGCGACGGCGAGUGCCGCGUGAAGACGCUCACGCUCACCCACCUGUACUGCGAGCCGCCUCCACGCGCCCCGCAGCCGGCCAACGGCUCGGGCGCGCUGCCGCAGUUCGUGGUGCAGAUGGGUAACGUGCGGCUGGCCCUCGGCCACGUCCAGUACGAGGCGGAGCCCACGCUGGCUGCCUUCCCCGUGGAGGCCCAGGUGGGCCUGGGCAUGGGUGCUGCCGCACUCACCGCCGCCGUGCUCCUCCUCACCCUCAUGUACAGGCACAAGAGCAAGCAGGCCCUGCGCGACUACCAGAAGGUGCUGGUGCAACUGGAGAGCCUGGAGACGGGCGUGGGCGACCAGUGCCGGAAGGAGUUCACAGACCUGAUGACCGAGAUGACCGACCUCAGCAGCGACCUGGAGGCCAGUGGGAUCCCCUUCCUGGACUACCACACGUAUGCUGAGCGCGCCUUCUUCCCGGGCCACGGCGGCUGCCCGCUGCAGCCGGAGCUCGAGCGGCCCGGGGAAGAGGGCCGCCGCGCCACCGUGCGCCAGGGCCUCACGCAGCUCUCCAACCUGCUCAACAGCAAACUCUUCCUGCUCACACUCAUCCACACGCUGGAGGAGCAGCCGGGCUUCUCGCAGAGGGAUCGCUGCCACGUGGCUUCGCUGCUGUCCCUGGCCCUGCACGGCAAGCUGGAGUACCUAACCGACAUCAUGAAAACUCUCCUUGGUGACCUGGCAGCCCAUUACGUGCACAAGAACCCCAAGCUCAUGCUGCGCAGGACGGAGACCAUGGUGGAGAAACUGCUCACCAACUGGCUGUCCAUCUGUCUCCAUGCCUUCUUGCGGGAGGUGGCUGGUGAGCCACUGUACAUGCUCCUGCGGGCCAUCCAGUACCAGGUGGACAAGGGGCCCGUAGAUGCCGUGACAGGCAAGGCCAAGCGGACCCUGAAUGACAGCCGCCUGCUACGGGAGGAUGUGGACUUCCGGCCCCUGACGCUCAUGGUGCUGCUGGGCCCUGGGGCUGGCGGGGCCGUGGGGAGCAGCGAGGUGCAGCGCGUGCCGGCCCGGGUGCUCGACACGGACACCAUCACCCAGGUCAAGGAGAAGGUGCUGGAUCAAGUCUACAAGGGCACCCCCUUCUCGCAGCGGCCCUCCGUGCAUGCCCUGGACCUCGAGUGGCGCUCGGGCCUGGCUGGUCACCUAACCCUGUCCGACGAGGACUUGACCUCCGUGACGCACAACCACUGGAAGAGGCUCAACACCCUGCAGCACUACAAGGUCCCAGAUGGAGCAACGGUGGGGCUCAUCCCUCAGCUACAUAACGGCGGCACUGUCUCCCAGAACCUGGCCCAGAGCUGCCCCUCGGGAGAGAAUCUCCCCAUGCCGGAGGAUGGUGAGGAGGGCGGGAUACGCCUCUGGCAUCUGGUGAAGGCCACGGAGGAGCCGGAAGAGGCCAAGGUGCGGCGCAACAGCCUGCGGGAGCGUGAGCGGGCGCGGGCCAAGACCAUCCCGGAGAUCUACCUCACUCGCCUGCUCUCCAUGAAGGGCACGCUGCAGAAGUUCGUGGACGACGCAUUCCAGGCCAUCCUCAGCGUGAACCGGCCCGUGCCCAUCGCCGUCAAGUACCUGUUUGACUUCCUGGACGAGCUGGCAGAGAAGCACGGCAUUGAAGACCCGGAGACCCUGCACAUUUGGAAGACUAACAGCCUGCUGCUGCGGUUCUGGGUGAACACCUUGAAGAACCCACAGCUUGUCUUUGAUGUGAGGGUGUCCGACAACGUCGACGCCAUCCUCGCCGUCAUUGCCCAGACCUUCAUGGACUCCUGCACCAUCUCGGAGCACAAAGUGGGCCGGGAUUCCCCGGUGAACAAACUGCUCUACGCCCGGGAGAUCCCUCGCUACAAGCAGAUGGUGGAGAAAUACUAUGCGGACAUUCGCCAGAGCUCUGCCGCCGGCUGCCAGGACAUGAACUCGGCUCUGGCGGAGCUCUCUGCGAAGUACACCUCAGCUCCGCACUGUCUGGAAGCCCUGCAGGAACUCUAUCUGCACAUCCACAGGUAUUACGACCAGAUCAUCAGCGCCCUGGAGGAGGACCCCGUGGGCCAGAAGAUGCAGCUGGCCUGCCGCCUGCAGCAGGUCGCUGCCCUGGUAGAGAACAAAGUGACUGACCUGUGAGCACCAGCACCGGGGGGCCAGGCCCCGCAGCUUCCACAGCAGCAAGCAGGAUCUGCCACCAUCGUGCCUUAUGGCCCCUGACCGAGCCAGCAGCUGCGCAGGGGCUGCCACAGCUAGGGGCUGCAGGGGGCCCAACAGCUCCCUAGCAGCCCCCUCCCCCUCCCCGGCCGCCACGCGAGUGCACACCUUUGCAGCUGGCUUGUUGCUAAUUUAUACUGAUCCCUCCCUGCCCCUUCCCCGUGGUAUUUAUUUGCUUGCUGGAGAGUCACAUCUGGAAAUAAAAUAUUCGUGUCUCUGCGGAACAGCCCAA